GAAAGGGGCUAGGUUAUUUAUAGGGUGAGUGAGGGUGUGGCAUUGAGGAAACUGCCCUUUUUCUUCCUUAUUCUUGUAAGUUGCUGGAAGUUGAGGGUCAAACACAACAAGAACAGGUGACGAGGAGGGAUAUGAGUUUCUUUGGAGUGUCACCCAUAAUAUUUUGUUCUUAAGCUCCAAAUGAGGUACUUAAAACUUAGAUGUGCACAAAGAUUGAGGGAGUUUUAGUAUGUCCUCUGAGUAUGAGCUGAAUGCACUUGGGAUCUGACAUGCUUACAGGCAAACUGCAUCUGCUUAAUUCCUGAGUCCUCUAUUCCUUUUUGCUCUCUUCCAAACCAGGGCCUCUUCCGGAUUAUAUGUUGUCUUUACCUUUGCUGUAAAUGGCCUUUUGGGCAUAUGCUGGGUGUGGUCUCCUUUUCGUUCCUCCUUCAGAGGUUUAUGAGUGACCAAAAGUUCUUUUUACGCCGAGUCAGCAGGGAGUGGGGCAAAGAUGCCAAUACCUCCUCCCCCUCCCCCUGGACCACCCCCACCCCCAACUUUCAAUCAGGCUAACGCAGACCCUCCAAAACUGAACAGGGAUGAGCAGCGAGGGAGGGGAGCCUUGCUGCAAGACAUCUGUAAAGGGGCCAAGUUGAAAAAGGUGACCCAAGUCAAUGACCGAAGUGCACCCAUCAUUGAGAAAUCCAAGGGCAGUGGCGGCUACAACUCCGGCGCAUCUCCUCUGCCACCAAAAGGUGGCCUUUUCCAGGGUGGUGUCCCCAAACUUCGACCUGUGGGAGUAAAGGACAGCUCAGAAAGUCCCUCUGGGAAACAGUCCCUCCAGGUCCCUGGGACUAGAUCAGCGGCUCCGCGGCCCCCAGUGUCUGCAAACAGCGGUCGGCCCCAAGAUGACGCUGACCACAGCCGGGCUUCCCCUCCGGAACUUCCGCGCAUGCAGAGACCUUCCUUGCCAGAUCUCUCGCGGCCAAAUACCGCCAGCGGCACCGGCAUGAAACACAGCUCGUCAGCUCCGCCGCCUCCGCCCCCAGGACGCCGAGCCAAUGCACCCCCUGCCCCUCCUCCCAUGCACAGCAGCAAAGCACCUUCCUACAACCGCGAAAAACCCUUGCCACCAACGCCAGGACAGCGGCUCCCGGGGAGUCGGGAUGGACCGCCGGCUCCUCCCCCUAUCAAGCCACCCCCUUCCCCAGUGAAUAUCCGAACGGGACCAAGCAGUCAGGGCCAGUCUCUGGCGCCCCCUCCUCCGCCUUACCGCCAACCCCCCGGUGUACCCAACGGCCCCGCCAGCCCCACCAACGAGUCCGCUCCCGAGCUUCCGCAGAGACACAAUUCCUUGCAUCGAAAGACACCAGGGCCUGGGAGGGGUAUGGCUCCUCCCCCGCCCCCUUCAGCCUCCCCUUCUUUACAGAGCAGUCGGCCCCCACCUCCUGCCCGUGACCCUCCAAGCCGGGGCGCAGCCCCUCCACCGCCACCACCCAUGAUCCGAAAUGGUGGUAGAGAUGCGCCUCCGCCUCCCCCACCCUACAGAAUGCACGGGACGUCAGACCCUACGAGCCGUGGGAAACCCCCACCCCCACCCACCAGAACGCCAGUUGGACCUCCUCCCCCUCCCCCACCCAUGAGAAAUGGACACCGGGACUCUAUUUCCACUGUCAGGUCUUUCUUAGGAGAUGACUUUGAAUCUAAAUACUCCUUUCAUCCAGUGGAAGAUUUCCCAGCGCCAGAAGAGUUCAAGCACUUCCAGAAGAUUUAUCCCAGCAAAACGAAUAGAGCUACUCGUGGGGCCCCUCCUCUGCCUCCCAUCCCAAGGUGAAAAACAGCAGCUAGGCAUGGUUCCACAGCA